AUGUCUGGAAGCGAGGACGACAGAGAUGAUUACGGAGCCCCCGAUGACCGGUUAAUGCACGGUAAGACAAGCCUCAUUUGUUAGCCGAACAUGCUAAUGUUCACGCUGGUUCGUAUGCUAGCAUGAGCAGAUGUUUUCUGACAUUCAUAUCAAUCAUUAGCGAAGCUGCUAACUGCCGGUGUUGUGUCGAAGAAUGCAUCCCUGCCGAAGAAUACAUCCCCCGACGGAAGCGCGGUUUAAACUACAUAACAAGGCGAAAUAAUCCGAGUUUUCCUCAACGUAGGAUGGAUUCAGAAGCGUGUGCCUUUAAUUAAUUCAUUCAGGCUACUCAGAUAAACCGAAGAUAUAGUUUUCUCUACCUUGACAGCUUACAGUAUAGUUUAUAUACCCAUGUACCCCUCUGUAUGUGCAUUUUUGAAACAUAAAAACAGAAUGAAAGUUUGCUGCGCCAUUAAACAUAUUGUCAUGAUCAAAUACUUGUGUUUUUGUAAAAUAUGAGAUCAUUUUUCUUCCACUUUAAGAAGCUAAUGAGUGGAUUGGAUGCAGGGGGGAAUUCUACGGCAGGGGUGCAUUCUACAGCACAACACCUGGUAGCUCGCGUUAGCGGCUAUGUCUGCAAACUAGUUUUUUCAAACAAAUGCGCCGCUGCUAAUCGUCGAAAUAAACCUCUUUGUUUUACAUCAUCUUAAGUUAGAAGCGUUUUGGUUGAUAGCGGCAUCGUAGUGAAGUCACGCCGAUCGACCGGCAUGUUCCCGGGGCCUAACGUUAGCCAGCUACCGGUAUUUUUUACGUGUCGAUGACAAGAUGGAGGCAGCCAGUUAGCUUGGAAGCUGGCGGAUGACGUUCUGAACCAUUCCCCUCCUCAUGGCCGGCGCCUUCAAUUUGACUGCGGGAAAAAGUGAAAAUUAUCCCGUUUAGUGGAAAUAUAAACGUUUAUCUGACCAAAAUGUCGGUAUUUUUUACAUUUCCAGUCUUUCUGUCGCGGCCGAACAGCGCACCGUAACAGUUUGUAUCACUCCGACGAGCACGCGCCGCGAACCUUAAACAGUGAAAGCGUUAGAGAACAAAUAGUCCUACAAGUUAGCUUCGAGUGCUAAAUCCGACCUAAACAGUGAAUAAUGUCAUUAAAGUCGACUAAACAUCUAACAAACGGUACAUGGGAUGUAAUGUAAACAAAACGGAGAGUCUCUGAAACUGUGGAAAGUAGUUCACACCGACGCUAAAGUAAACGUUAUUUAUGUGAGCAGAGAAAAGCGUCCAAACUUUGAUGGAUAACUCUUAAUUAUCGUAUAUCUUCAGACAAUUUACGGUGGAUACUAGAAGUUAAUGCUGAUGGAGUAAUAAAGAAGAGGAGCAGCAGCCGUUGAUUAACAUUAUUCCUCACAGCUCUCCUUGUUUCUGUCUGGUUGACUUUUACAGCAGAUCACUUUACAGUGAAAAGCAGAAUAAGCAACAUUAACUAAGUAUGUUGUUGAUGUGUGAAACAGACCGUUCAGUUACUCUAUCUAUUUAUGAAUUUCACAAGCCAGUUGUGUUUUUAGAUCCCAAUACCUGACCAUCCAUACUCAGUAGUUUCCUAGUGAUGGAAAUAGUAAAGUAUAUCAUUUAUUGAUAGUAUAGGUGGGAAUCCACCUUUAAAACCACUAUAAAUUCAAUAAUACAACUGCAAAAACGAGCUAUACAUAUUAUAAAUAAGGCUGAUUAUUAUGAUCACACAGAAAUUCUCAUGUUGUGAAAUUUUAUGAUCUGUUUUAUUAUAAAAUACUGCAAAUUAUGUUUAGAGCAAAAUCAAAACUGCUCCCUGACUCAGUACAGAGGUUCUUUUAGAUUCAGGACAGUCCGUAUGAUCUCAGAUUUACUGAACAGAAAGCUUAAAAAAGGUCUGAAAAAGAGACGUGUCUCUGUUACUGGAGUUAAAUUCAGGAAUAUAGCUAUUUUUGAAGCUUAUAAGUGCGAUUAAUUCUCUGUUGUUGUGGUUUCUUUGCUUUUCUGGAGGCCUAAAAAGUUGACAAAACACAGGAUCGGCUUUUAGAAACAGUCUGCUUCUGCCUUUUCAGUCAAUAUUCAACACAUGAUUCUUCAGUUAGUGAUUUAGUGUGAAAUGUCAGUAUUGUGUACAAUAUUUGGUGUUGUAGUGACUGAAUGACAGCUACUACUACUACUAUUUUCUAUGGCUGGCAUAAAAGUUUGGUGCGUCACUUAAUAGUCAUAAUAAUAUAUUUUAUUUAUAUUCGAUUUACAUCUGAGAAAAAACAUCUCAAAGUGCAAACAGUGAAAGACAAGAGUAAAAACUACCAAUGAAAAGAACAACAGUCAGAGUGUAAAAUCUGUCACUUGUAGUUUCUGUCAGUGUUAUAUUAAUUUGUCUUUAAGAAGUAAAUGAACUCAGAUCUCAUAUAACAAAGUUUCACAGCUGACACGUAUUUUUAUAAUCCCCACUUUUGUUUUUGUUGUCGAGGCUUUUGUCCUAAAAAAGUUUUAAUCUGAAAGGAUCUUCGACCUUUAGCGAGUUGAUGGACUCUGUUCACAUUAUCCUUUGACUCAUAUUUACAGCCCGACAACCGCAGUCAUACUCUCAUCUUAGUCUCCUCUAUUCGACCUAAAAAGCUCAUUACAUUAAAGCGUUGUCUCGACAUGGCAGCGUGCCAUUGACUUUUUAGCAUAGUGAAUUAGAUCAGGAGCAUCAUUAUGCUAAAAGUUGGAGCGAAGGCCUGCGAGAGUUUGCAGUAAGUCAUAAUGACUAAAUUACAGUUUCAGCCUCUUCUUUUCGCCGUCUAAUCACAGUCCACAUCAGUAUUGUUUCACCGCGGUCUGGGAGACCUGGUCAUGGAGAGACAGCCUUUAUAAGAUCACAGGUAGACAAAGGCUGCAGAGGUUUGAUCGGAGCUUUACGAGCUCGUCCAGGUUGUUUUGUUGUUGUUUGCUGAUAUGCUUCAUAUCCUCAGCUCUUUGUGAAGAAAAUGAUCAUUUAUCACGAUGUCUUGAGGAGUUUCUCGAUCGUAAAAAACUUGUUUCCCCCCGUUUGUAGAUGAUGAGGAAGAGGAGAUCUCUGAAAAUGAGACCCCCAAGGUGAAGAAGAAGAAGAAGGCCAAGAGGAGCAAAGAGAGCAAGAGCAGCAAGCGGCGGUCCCGCAGAGAGGUAAGAGCGCCGGGUCUGAUCACUUUGAGAAACCAUCACCUUCUUUUUCAAUCUCAGUCCCGAUAAGACCUUCAGUCAAGAAUAGCAGCACCACUGAGUUCCCAUUCGAUAAGCAUUCCUCCCAUUAAAAGCUGUGACUGUCCGGUUAUCUUCUCAUGGAAGCAAAGCAGCGAUUACAGUCAGAAUAUCCCAGGAAGUGGACCCCCAAACCCUCAGAAAAACCCGAUUCAGAUUCAGAGUCCUGCUUCGAAGAGUGAACUCUGACCUUUUUACAGAAACACAGAUCCUGCUCUUCUAGUCUCAUCGAUAACACCGUCGGUGGUUUUUAUUUGUUUAGUGUCCUCUAAGCAGUCUCCAAAUUCAGGUCACAUGAUCGAUUUAGUUCUGGUUUAUUUAGAUUUACCUGAAGUACACCUCUUCUCCAAAGCGGAUUACGUCCCUCACAGUUAUGAAGUCCGAGGAUUUGGGGUGCUGGUCUGGCUUAACAGUUAAAGCCCCUGGACCAUGAACAGAGGCUGAAGUCCUGGUCGUGGAAGUUGCUGGUUCAGCUGUUUCUCGCUUUAGUUUGAUCAGAUAAAGUAUUUAGAUUUCAGGGACAUUAAGACCGUUAUUUUAUGAUCCAUUAUCUCCAUCCGUGUGUCCUCAGUUUGCUGAUCUCUGUCGGUUUUCUCUCCUCGUUUCCAGGAGCUCCCCAUCAGCUCCCCAGAGCCCAUGGACGUGGGCGGGGUGGAGGAGGCAGAAGAUGGCGCCGCCCAGCGCUCUGACAGCGAGGGCAGCGACUACACUCCAGGACGCAAAAAGAAGAAGAGAGCCAGCAGCAGCAAAGACAAGAAGAGGAGCAGCGCCGCGGCCGAGAGGAGCGCCUCCAAAAAGAAGGAGCCGGAGCCUGAAGAAGAGGAGGAGGACGAUGACGACGACGACAGCAUGGUGAGGAAGGUCUCCCACAUCAGAUCCAUCAAAACUGUGAACGCUCAGAGAGAAGACGAUCACAACUCUGACCUCUGACCUCUGAGACAAGGUUAAACCUUGAGCAACAGAACCAGGUCUGAGCCUCAACAGAGAGUUUAGCUGGUCCAUCUUAACCCUCACUGGACCUUUUAUUGAUCAGACGGGGCCCUCAGACCGGCUCAUGAGAACUAUAGAACCCAGUUUCAGAUCGAUGUGAUUGGUCGUUACUGGCGAGGAUGCGUCUUGAACCGUGUAGUUUGAUUAACAUGAUAGAGACCAAAAGGUUCGACGUUCACUCUGCAGGUUCUGACGCACAAUUCCGAUUUUUAGUUAACUCCGAUCUUUUUGACCCUCAUGAACACAAAACACAAAUAUCUCCCCGCUCCUGUUUGUGUCGUUGAACAAUGGUGACGUUUGUCUCAUAUUGAUGAGGUAAAGGUCGGAUGAACUCGACCUGAGCGUCACACUGCAGUCACAUCAGAUACAUAUCUGAUUUAUAUCCACAUACAGAAGAGGGUCGGAUCAGAACCAAUCAGAACUGACCUGCAGUCUGAACGUAGUCUCAGUGUAAACCUGGUCCAGGACCUGGGUGGUCUUGGUGAGUCAAAUGAAACAGAGACGGUGUCGUUGAGGUUCGGUGUUUCCGUCUCUGCUCCUCGUCUGUUCACUGAACCUCCUUCAGACGUUCACGUCUUCAUCUCUCCUGAAGUUCGAGGUUCAGAGAAGUCGAGUUCAUCCAGGGUUCGAGCAGAGAUGAUCCACUUUAGAAUACAGACUCUCAGUUCGCUGUGAAUUAUGGGACUUUGUCGUGUUGAAUACACGUCACUGUUGGCCGCUUGCUGAGAUAGUAAACAACGCCAUGAUGAUGCUCUUAUAAUCCGGUUCUACAUGGUUCUGUUGGGUUCUGUUGAGACGCUCCGGUGGUUCUGAAGGAUGACGUCAGUGUGUCACACGUCUGUAGAGCGGUCUGUACGGUUGUGUUGCUGACGUCAGUCUGUGUUUUGAGGGUCUGCUGAACGUUCAGAUGUUCGACUGAAACUAAAAACUGAAAAUGUAGCAGCAGAUAAAAUCAGACUUCAGCUGUUCAACUCAGUUUUUGGUUUUCAGGCUUAAAUUUUUGCCUCUUUGGCUGAAAAUUGUGAGAAUUUUGUUGUUUUUUUUGUGAUUUUUUUGGUGAGUCUUUGUGUUGCUCCUGAAAAAACAGAGUCUUGAAGAUGUUGAAUUGUGGUUUUUGGCGGCGUUGGCGACUCUCACUUUAAACAUCUUGUUGACUUGGUUGUUGAUCGAACCCUCUGCUGACAGAACCUGUCAGGUAUUGUUGGUUUUCUUUGUGCGUCUUCUCGGGGUCACAAACAUCUUUUGCUUCUCCCUGAAAUUUCCCGUCUUUUUUCCUUUAAUAACUUUUGAACCGGUCUCCGUCUUUGCUCCGGGACCAGCUCCGAUCGGCGGCGGCGUACCUGAACACCGUGUACCUGUCGUCUGAUUCGCUCUGACAAACACAGACGCUCUGAUAUGAGAGAUGCUUAAACAAAGAGCUGCGUCUGCUGGACCGACUCGCAGCCCGGUGGCCAAUAGGGGGCCUUGUAGUUAAUGACACUUAUGCAAGGGGUGUCUAAGCCUGUGUGUGUGUGUGUGUGUGUGUGUGUGUAAGGGUGUGUAAGGCAUAUAUGCAGUUACCAUGGUAACCCGCCUAGCGCCUCUCUGCACUGCGCUCUUGACCCUUUUUUCUUUUUGGUUAGAUAAACACAUUUUAAUUCACUGGCAGAGCCGCCCUCCAUCCUGCCUGCAGCUCCAUCUGCAAGACAAGGAGGAGGAGGAGGAGGAAGGUGCAGCGUGGCCCAGUUUAUUUCAAACUGGUAGUAGUGGUUGGAAAUACUGCUGCUGACCUGCUCAGUGGAAAACUGAACUGGUUUAAAUACAAACCAGUAAUUGAUCAGUUUGAUUAAUUAAAGAAGAUUUCAGGAGCUUAAAGACGUCGAUGAGAAUAAAGAUCAAAGAUGAAAUAAACUUAAUAUGUGGCCUCAGCAUCAUCAGCUCAUCACCAAUACAGAUCAUUUAACAAUGAUAAUGAUAAAAUUAAUGAUAAUAAUAAUUUUAAUUAUAAUUAUCAUAAUUAAAUAAUAAUAAAUGAUAAUAAUUAUAAUAAUAAUAAUACUAAAAAUGAUAAAAUAAAUAAUAAUAAUAAAAACAAUAAUAACAACAAUAAUAAUUAUAAUUAUCAUAAUAAAAUAAUAAAAAUGAUAAAAAAUAAUGAUAAUAAUUAUAAUAACAACAACAACAAUAAUAAUAAUAAUUAUAAUUCGACGACCGUUCCAGAUGUAAAUAGAAUCUGAAAGGAUGUUCGACUCCUGCUGAGGUGGACGAGUAAAAACAUUUUUCACAUUUUUCCUUAUUUUCAUAUUUUGGACCGGAUGAAUUCUUAGAUCCAGUUUUUAGAAGGUCCAACAGGAACCGGUUCAGGUUCUUGUCAGGUGAACAGAUCUUUGUCUGUCUACCGUAAGUCUCACCAUGAAUGAACGCGUCUGUUUGCGUCUAUUUUCACACAUAAAGCUCAUUAAACCAAACAGUCAAACUUUCUGCACCUUAUAGUGUCAAAAAUCGGGUAAGUGGGCUCCUCCAGCUCUGACUGGUUUGACUGUGGAUGUAAACUCUGACCCAUUAUCAGUAAAUAAAGAGAUAUAACAGACUCAGCUGUGACACAGUUGGACCUCUUUGUCGUCAUGUGGGUUAGAACAAACUCCUGACUGUGGUUCUUCAGAACUGACCGGGUCAUUUUACAUUAAAGAUGGUGGUGAAGUUAGUGGAAAAAGACUAAAAGAGUUUGAAGACAACAAGUUUACCCUAAAUGAAAGUUUAUGAUAUUUUCAGGUAUAGAAACGAAGGUAAAUAAAUCAUGAGGCGAGAGUUUCAGGUGUGAUCAUAGAAGGUUUUAGAAAUCACUCAUUAAAAAAUAAUCUGUUUUUUUACUUUACAAAAGAAUUAAGUGUGAAACAAAAGGGUUUUUGAUUUAUACUUCCUUCAUAAAACCAUAUUUCUCUUAUUGCGCAGAAACCCGUUUUGACUAUUGAAAUUACUAAAAAGGGCAAUUAGAAUAAUCAAUAAGGUAGGAUAUUAAUUUGUAAAUUCCAAAUAAAGCAUUAAAGCUGAGCGAUUUUGAUAUUAGAUAUUAGAGAUUCUGAACAACGUCAAAAACUAUGAAGAACUUCUUUAAACUAAGAGUUGAUAAUUAUAAUCUUAGAGGUUUGGGUCAUUCUGAUUAAAUCCAGACGAGUUUCUGUUUUUGGUGUAAAGUUUUAAAACCAGAAUAUAAAUUAUGUUCAUUUCAGUGACUUUAUGUAGGAGAACAUUUCGAUCCACGUAAACUAACGUUGGUUUGUCGUGAGGUUAUCUUGUUGGGGGUUCGAGUUUUCACAG